CUGUUUGGGUUCCUUGUCCUCCUCCUCUGUUUGUGUAAAUCUUUGUUUGUUUGUUGUGUGUGCAGUGCAGUAGUUGGUCUCCCAAAUCGAGGUUGAGAUUUAUUCUCUUUUCAUAGCUCCCUUUUCUUGCUUCUUUUGCCUCUGCAUUUUCUCAUUUGUCCAUCCAAGUAUCCAUGUUCAGUCACCUCAAAAAUCCCACUGCUACUUCUCACUGAAUUAAACCUACUUCUAUAUAACUCUAUAUAUACAUAUAUUAACCUGUCAUUCUGUUACUGAUCCUCUAAUUGCUUUUACAACACAAUAUAUACACUUUUCACAUCUAUUAAAUUGCCCCCCACACAUUUUAGUCCCCCUCUCUCUCUCUCUCUCUCUCUCUCUCUCUCUCUCUCUCUCUCAAAACUCUCAAAACUCUCAAAGCUUCCUCUCCAUUUCCACUUAAAUGGCUUGCUUACACCAUCACACAAUUUCUCUUCUGUUUCUCUUGAUUCUGAGCUCAACCCAGUUAACCCAGUUGAGAUUCAUGGCUGAAGGUAGAGCAAUUCACAACAGGGUUGGCAUUUCCCAGGCAGGAAAUGAAGAGAAGAAAGCGAUUGUAAGAGGGCAGAUAGGUUCAAGGCCUCCAAGGUGUGAGAGAAGGUGCAGUUCAUGUGGGCACUGUGAGGCCAUUCAAGUGCCUGCAAACCCCCAACUCAAAUCAAGCAACAAAAACUCCUCUUCUGUUGCAUCCACCAUUGCUUAUGCCAGAGGUGAUGAAAACUCCAGCAACUACAAGCCCAUGAGCUGGAAAUGCAAAUGUGGAAACUCCAUCUUCAACCCCUGAUCAUGAUGAUUAACUUUUUGUAAUUAUAAUUAAUUAUGGUUAAUUUAUAGGUUAUGGAGCAUAACCCAUUUUUGGAUCCUGUAAAUGGAGCAUAAUUAUGAUCUUACUACCCC